UGUCCCCCGUUAUAGACAGUGCUAAGCUAGGCUAGCUGUCAUCCCACGGAGCAGCACCACGCCAGGGACACUCCACCCUCUGCAGUUUCCACCUUGCAAACACCUUUGCACCGCACAAUGGCUGUCCCUCCUUCAUACUCAGACCUGGGCAAAGCCGCCAAGGAUAUCUUCAGCAAGGGUUAUGGCUUCGGUGUGGUGAAGCUGGACCUCAAGACCAAAUCGCAGAGUGGAGUGAUGGAGUUCAACACAUCUGGCUCCAGUAACACAGACACAGGGAAGGCCUCGGGGAACCUGGAGACCAAAUACAAGAUGAAGGAGCUGGGCCUGAGCUUCAACCAGAAGUGGAACACAGACAACACACUGGCCACUGAAGUCACUGUGGAGGACCAGCUGGCUCAAGGACUGAAGGUGGCCCUGGACACGUCUUUUGUACCAAACACAGGUAAGAAGAGCGGGAAGCUGAAGACGGGCUACAAGCGUGACUACGUGAACCUGGGCUGUGACGUGGAUUUCGAGGGUCCCAUCAUCCACGCCGCCGCCGUGCUGGGCUACGAGGGCUGGCUGGCCGGCUACCAGAUGGCCUUCGACACGGCCAAGUCCAAACUGGCCCAGAACAACUUCGCCCUCGGAUACAGGGCUGGAGACUUCCAGCUGCACACCAAUGUUAACGACGGGACCGAGUUCGGCGGCUCUAUCUACCAGAAGGUGAACGACGAGCUGGAGACGGCGGUCACUCUGGCCUGGACCGCCGGCAGCAACAACACUCGCUUCGGCAUCGCUGCCAAAUACAAGCUGGACAAAGACGCCUCUCUGUCUGCCAAAGUGAACAAUGCCAGUCUGAUCGGAGUCGGCUACACCCAGAGCCUCCGGCCAGGUGUGAAGGUUACCCUCUCAGCCCUGAUCGACGGGAAGAACUUCAACGCCGGCGGACACAAAGUCGGCAUGGGUUUCGAGCUGGAGGCAUAAAGAGGAGAAGUCAGAGCCACCAACGAAGAAGAGAAAAAAAGCCUAGAAUCACAUCACCACACACUCCUCUGCCCCCCCCCCUCCUCACACACACACACACACACACACACAAACACACACUUUGCUGCCCCAGUCCACCACCAUCAUGUAGCUCCUCCUCUCUGGACUCCUUCCCUCUGUUUUUCACGUUUCAUGAGCAUUUCUGACAGUGAUAGUCGAGUCUCAGCUUCAUGCUUAAACGCCCCCGAGAGGAGUUGUGAGGUCGAUCCUGAAGCCGGCGGUGCGUAGUUGUGGAUUAUUACCGUUUCUAUGGUUACGGAAGUGACACUUAUUUAUUUCCCUGUAGGUCCUGGAUGAAGUAGUCGUCGGUGUACGUGUGUAGCUCAUUAAGGCUUCUGUGUUCAGUUGUUCCUUCCUUCCUUAAAAUCAAAAAUAAACAAUUAAAAAAAAAAAAAAAAAAAAGCAUGUAAGGAUGAAAACCUGAAUGCAGAGCUGAAAGCUUCUUUGCUUGGUAAAAAAAGGUGCUGAGUGUCUGUUUUCUCUUUUUGUUUUGUUAUGGUUUGUUGAAAUUUAUGGACUGUUUAAUCCAUAAAAAGGUUUUGAUACAGCACAUUUCAUGAACAUAUGACUGAAAUAUCUAAAGUUUGGAGGCAAAGACUCGAUUUCUGCACGGACUGAACGAAGGAUAUUCAAAACUUGCAUUGCUUUGCGGGAACAAUGAAAGUCUGACGUGAUCUUUAAGCCCUCUGUGACCUCUCGUUUCGGUAGGUGAAAUCAAUGUGGUGGAAUCUUCUGGUAAGCUUGUGUAGUUAGUUUUGCAUUUCUACAAUAUUGCUUUCAUCUAUCUGCGUCGGCACGGCCGUCACUAAGACAGCGGAGGCUGUCUCGCAUCUGUCUGUAGCCUCUCGUAGAUAUCGCGGCAGUUCAGCGGCACCGGUUGUCUUAACUCGGCGGACAGCUGUUUCCUCAUGUUGCUGGAGGACUGCACUCAUUGCUGUCAGGGCUCCGCUCUCUGAAAAAAAAAAACAUCUACGCUCCUCAGAUCUGAACAUAAAACCACAGCUGAUUGUCCUCCGAGUGAUUCCAGUCUUAACGCUUGAUAGGAUAAAGUCAGAAGCUGUUGUGUCCCACAUGACCUUCCUGUUUCCUUUUUCUUUUUCUUUUUUUUUUGGUUAUCAUACAUCAAACUGUGUUUUCCAUCUUCUUAUGUUAUCACCGUUAUAAGGCUCAUUUUUCUUUGUCACGUAGACACAGUACCUCAUUGUUUUUCCAAUGUUAACUAAGGGAAUUCUAAUAAUAAAAAAAAAUAAAUUAAAAACAAUGU